GGACAGCCACUGGAUCUGAGCCACUUGACCCAAGCCUAGCGUGUCCAACAACAUCUGCUCCAUUCUCUUUGGCAAACGCUUCGAGUAUGACGAUGACGUCUUUAUUAACAACCUUAGGUUGAUGCAUCACGUUAUGCGCGAUGGGGGAGCGGGUGCAGUGGUCACCUUUCUGCCUUUCCUGCGGCACCUGCCUGGAAAUUUCUUUAAGUUGAAGCACAUUGUAAGCAGUAUUCUACUUUUGCUUAAUGAGUUUAUCAAGCCUUUUGUAGACGAGCACAACCGCAGGUAUGAGGAGGGCAUAUACGAGGAUGACGACUUUAUUGGCGCCUACAUCAGAGAAAUACAUCAUCAUCGCAACAGGCAGUCAGGAUCACCUCACAUCAACGAUGUUAAUCUUCCGAAGACAGUCUUCGACAUCUUUGCAGGUGGCACGGACACGACCUCAACAGCUAUCCUGUGGACUCUGGUUUACUUCCUUCACCACCCUGACGUGCAGGACAAGUGCUACGAGGAGAUCCACAGAGUUGUCGGCACAGAGCGAGCGCCCACCAUACAGGAUAGACCGAAGUUAGUUUACAUGGAGGCUGUCAUCAUGGAGGUUCUUCGCUAUGCCAACAUUGCUCCACUUAGUGUGCCACAUGCCACCUCAUGUGACGUGGAGUUUGGUGGAUACACGAUCCCUAAGGGCACUUUUCUUUUCCCAAACCUGGAUUCUGUGAUGAGAGAUCCAGAGAUAUGGGGUGACCCCGACAGAUUCCGACCUGAACGUUUCAUUGGAGAGGACGGCAAACUGUGGAGACCUGAAGAAUUUAUUCCCUUCUCUAUGGGUCGACGCGUUUGUAUGGGUGAGGCGCUUGCCAGAAUGGAAUUAUUUCUAUAUCUGUCAACAAUGGUACAGCAAUUCCAAUUCCUGCCUCCGGAAACUGGAGAGCUGCCAUCUUUGCAAGGCCUGCUGGGAGUAGCCUAUACCCCUAAACACUUCAAGGUUCGAGCUGUGCCUAGGAUGUGUUCCACAAAAGAAACGUCUGAAUAAAAACAGUAAUGGAACGGACGUGUGUUAAAGGACACCGAAACACAUCUGAGUUUCCUAUUCAUUUAUCCUUAAAGCUGUAAACAUUCACUGCAGCACAUCUAUUAACGAGUGACAGCCUCAGUUAAUUUUUAUCUGUGGUUUUUAUGUUACACGAAGAGAACACAGAUCGUUGACCAAGAAAGACUAAUCAACUAAGUUUUCAAUGGAGAAAUGUUGGGAGAGACCUACACGAUCCAUAUCUAGGAUAAAUACAUUUUAAUGCAGUUUGUGGGACCACCUGUUUGUUGAAUUUUAUUCUUAUUAAUACUAAUCCGCUUGCGUCCAAGUUCUUUUCAUCAUGCAUAUGCUUCAUUUGUUUUCAAAGCUUACGUCUUAAGCAGUUUUUUAAAUUUCUUUGACGUGUACAUCACACAAAUGAUAUUUAAACGGACAUCAAUAUUUAUUUGAAUUUGAAUGUAAAUAGACAAAACAUGUGUUGUGUUUGAAUACUAUCAUUUAAUGAGACUCCUUGUUUAUUGACUCGGAUAUUAUUACAGCUAUUAAGUUUGACGAAGGUACUUUAAAGCUGGUCAGUGUGUAUAAAGGUCAUUAUGGGCGUAAAUUAAAAAGGAUAACAAUGUAAGCAAGAAUAAAAUUAAGUAGGUCUACUUACAGGCAUUGAAAUCAGUAAUAAAAUUUUAACAGAAAAGUGGGAGCCUUUUAACAAAUUUACAACACAGCCAUUUUAUAAGGAAUAGGAAUGCAUGACGAUAUUUUUGUAGAGGGGUGUGUAGGAUUGUAUGGAAUUAAACUUAUUACAGGACGUGGAUUACUUAAUCUGUAUUUGAUAUAUUAAAACAUUGAUGGUGGAGGAAAUAAAA